AUUUAAGCCAGUAAACAUUCUAAUUGCAUAAAUCUUCCUCAGUUUGAAGUCUAACCAACCGCGAUAUAUGGAGCAUGAACUAGAUCACUCCAAGAGCAUUGACAAGGAAGAGGCUGUCAUCAUGCAGAAUAUCGAUGGGGAUGAGAUUUUCCCACCUGAAAAAAACAGGAAUAGUUUUUGCAUAAGGAAAAUAGAAGGCAAUAAAAAGACUAAGACACGCUUAAUGAAGAUGCGAAGCCUAGACUCUGCAGAGGAAUCACCAGUACAUGGAAAAUCCUUGUGUCAUGCAAGAUCAUUUAGUUCUCAUUUUCUAAUAAACAUAGAUGAGAUGAUGAGUGAUAUUGAUAAUGAAAAAGGUGCACUUUUAAGCAAGACUCCAAGUGGGAAAAUGGGAUCUUUCUCAUCCGAUCGAUCCCCCAUUUCCUCAUCAAGCAUCUCUGAUGACGUGACGUUAGAAAAUUCACAAAAAAAGAACAAUAUAUUGAAAUCGAAGGAUCAGGAGGAUGACGAUUCAUGCAGCUGGAAUAGAAUUCAGAUUGAGCCUACCUUGCGUAUACGUCUCAAGUUUCAAGAUGUGAAGUACACCGUGGCACUGAAGGGAGUGGAGAAUUCUGAUACAGAAAAGUGCAUACUUCAAGGAGUGAGUGGUUCAGCCUGUCCAGGAGAAAUUCUCGCGUUAAUGGGACCUUCGGGUGGUGGUAAAACAACCUUACUCAAGCUUCUAAGUGGAAAGGUGAAAAAUGAUUGUGGCACGAUUACUUUCAAUGACCAGCCAUAUAACAAGUCAUUGAAACAAAGGAUCGGGUUUGUGCUGCAAGAUGAUGUUGUUUUUCCCCAUCUCACUGUGAAAGAAACCUUAACAUACGCUGCUUUGCUUCGUCUACCUAAUACGUUAUCUAAAGAGCAGAAGAAAGAGAGAGCUAUUGGAGUUAUAAAUGAGCUUGGCCUAGAAAGGUGUCAAGACACUAUAAUUGGAGGGGCAUUUGUUAGAGGAGUUUCAGGAGGCGAAAGGAAACGAGUAUGCAUUGGAAAUGAAAUUCUUCUGAAUCCAUCACUUUUGUUCCUAGAUGAACCAACAUCUGGUCUGGAUUCAACCACAGCACUUCGAAUUAUGCAGAUGUUACGUAACACUGCCAGGGCUGGAAAGACAGUGGUAACAACAAUACAUCAGCCAUCGAGUCGACUAUUCAGCAGAUUCGAUAAGUUGAUUCUAUUAGGACAAGGCAGCUCAUUGUAUUUUGGCAAAGCCUCUGAGGCAAUGCUGUAUUUCUCUUCAAUUGGUUGUUCUCCCCUUAUAGCCAUGAAUCCAGCAGAGUUUCUAAUUGAUCUUGCAAAUGGAAAUAUAACGGAAAAGUCUAUACCUUCAGAUCUAGAGGACAAGCUUUUACCAGGAAACCAUCAUUUCAAAAUGCAAAAUGAAGGACCUUCCCCAGCUGAUGUUCAUGAGUAUUUCGUUGGGGCUUAUGAGUCGAGGGUUGCCAACAUAGAGAAACUAAAACUCCUGAAGCAUGGCCUGAUAGAAGAAGAUUCUGAAGUGCAGAAUUGGCCUAAUUCAAGAGAUUCUGGUGCAACCUGGUGCCAACAGUUUACAAUUCUUUUCGGAAGAAGUCUCAAGGAGCGAAACCACGAGUAUUUCAGCUGUCUCCGGAUAACUCAAGUCAUAGCAACAGCUAUAAUUGUUGGCUUACUAUGGUGGAAUUCAGAUACUUCAUUCCCUAAAAGAAUUUCAGAUCAGGCAGGGUUGUUAUUCUUUAUUUCAGUAUUUUGGGGUUUCUUUCCACUAUUUACAGCAAUCUUCACAUUCCCACAAGAAAGGGCUAUGUUGGUUAAAGAGAGAUCAGUGAAUAUGUACAAGCUUAGUGCCUAUUUCAUAGCCAGAAUCACCACUGAUCUUCUCCUGGACCUAGUGUUGCCUGUAACAUUCUUGGUGAUUGUCUAUUUUAUGGUUGGAUUGAAGCUGACAUUCAAUGCAUUUUCUUUAACUCUGCUCACAAUUUUACUAAGCAUAAUUGCUGCUCAGGGCUUAGGUUUGGCUAUAGGUGCAGCAUUCAUGGAUGUGAAAAAAGCAACAACUUUUGCUUCUGUUAUCCUCAUGACAUUCAUGUUGUCUGGAGGAUUCUUUGUCCAGGAAGUUCCAGCAUUCAUGUCAUGGGUUCGUUAUAUCUCGAUUAACUAUCACACAUACAGGCUUCUCUUAAAGAUUCAGUUCAAAUCCUUGAGAAAUUCAAAGUAUGGCUCUGUUGAUGACUCUAGUGGAGUUGAAGUAGGAGCAAUGUUGGUGAUGGUUAUUGGAUAUAGGGUGUUAGCCUACUUCUUCCUAAGAAAAAUGAAACUAAGAACAAGUACAUAAUUGAUAAGUAUUAAUUUUAUUUUUGUUUUUAUAGUUGAAGAUCCAAUUUCUACCCAUAAGUUGUAACUACAACAUUCUAUAUGUACUAUGUUCUUAAU